CUCUGCGCAUGCCUCAGCCUUAAACACGUGGCUUGUGGCGGAACGAGCAAUGGCGGCAGCGGGCGGCGUGUACGAGCUGCUUCCCCCACCGUGCGCCUUCUCCCCGCGCAGCCGGGACCUACUGGCUCUGUCCGGACCCGACGGGAGGAUCCAAGUGUGGGACACACAAGGCGGGGGCUUGAGAAAGGAAUAUGUCCCCUCUGCCCAUCUCAGCGCUACUUGUACCUGCCUGGCGUGGGCACAGGGCCGAGCCGACAAGGAAACUCAUCAGAAAAAGAAAAGGAAAUCAGAGGCGGCAGACAGGGACGGGCAGUACGACCUUCUCACCAUCGGCACAGCCACUGGCACCAUUUUACUGUACAGCAUUGUUAAGGGAGAGCUACAGAGCAAGCUGGAUGGAGGGCAUGACAGCAGGGUGAACUGCGUGAGGUGGCACCACGAGAACGGUUCCUUGUACAGUUGCUCAGAAGACAAACACAUCAUUGAAUGGAACACACAGACCUGUAAAGUCAAGUGCAAAUGGAAAGGAGACAACAGCAGCGUCAGCAGUUUGUGCAUCAGCCCUGAUGGGAAGAUGUUGCUGUCGGCGGGAAGAACCAUCAAACUCUGGGAUCUGGAGACCAAAGAAGUCUACAGGCAAUUUACAGGGCACUCGACCGCAGUCACGUCGCUCAUAUUCCUGACAGUGCAGCCUCCCCGGGAGUCUCGGUCUAUCCAAGACACAGCAGGUCUUUAUUUCCUGUCCAGCGCUGUGCACGACCGAUUGGUCAGCGUAUGGCAGGUUCGGUCUGCAAAGGACAAAAGUUCUGUCCUAUCCUUCACUCUCACAGAACCACCCGUAUUCAUGGACCUGAGUACAACCGAGAGCAAAGAGGAGCCGCUGAAGCUGGCGGUUGUUUGCCGGGAUGGGCAGUUGCACUUAUUUGAACAUGUGUUAAACGGAACUCACAAGAAGCCAAUCGCGCCUACUUGUACAGUACAGAUCGCAACGUCGGGCAGUGAUGACUCCACCCCCAAGCCCAUCCCUAUUCUGGCAGCUGCUUUCUGUGCAGACAGACAGUCCCUGCUCAUGUUCUAUGGCAGCACCUUACAGCCUAUCAUUGAGAGAGUGGCGCUGAAAAGCGAUGAACCCAACAUUUGUCUUAUCCGCGACAUCCAAAAGACAGUGUCUCUCAGAAAGGACAUGCCUGUAACAAAGGUGAAAACUCCAGUUGUAAAUUCAGACUCGAAGGUUCUAACACCAGGAAUCCCAGGUCACAGCUCGGCAAUUUCAGCUGCCUUGGCACAUACCAAAAAGCAGGAGAGCAAGAGGAAGCCAGGAGACAAUGAGGCCAGCAUAGAGGAUCGUCUUGGCGCUAUGGAUAUAGACCCCACCAACGUGCCGAGUAAAGGAGCCUUGCCGCAGACUGACAACUUUGCCGUAUUGCUGGUGCAAGGCCUGGAAAGCAACGAUCUAAACAUUCUGAAUAAAGUCUUUCAGACCAAAAACGAGUCCUUAAUAAGGAAGACUGUGGCCAGGAUUCCCGUUCAUGCCGUCAUCCCCCUGGUGCACGAGCUAACAAGGAGAUUACAAGGACAUCCUUUGAGUACCAUACUGAUGGUGAGAUGGCUAAAGGCUGUGUUGGUCCUCCAUGCUUCCUACCUUUCCACUUUGCCGGACUUGGUCCCACAGCUGGGGAUGUUGUACCAACUCAUGGAGAACAGAGUGAAAAACCUGCACAAACUGUCUCGGCUCAAUGGGAAGCUCUAUCUAAUCAUAACACAGGUGUCUGCGGCUCAAAGAGUCCAAAGUACAUCGCUUGAUCAGGAGGCAAAACUGGUCUAUGAAGAAGAAUCUUCUGAAGAGUCUGAUGAUGAGCUGCAUGGGGAGCAGGAGUCUGAUGAGGAUUGGGCAGAAGGAGAGGAGGAGCAUAUGGAGGAAGAUGAGGGUGAAACUUCGGAAGAGGAGGAGUCUGAAGACAUGAAUGUGGGCAAAGUAAAUGGGGAUUCUGAUCUGGACGCUGGCAAUGAAAGUGAAGAGGAAUAGACUCCACCCCCUCUGUAGUGGACCCUGGCUGCUCCCCGGAGCCUUCGGCCUCACCAGUUCACUGUGUAGACUUGAGCCCUAGCGGUCCCAGAGGAUUUCAGCCACAGAAUGUUAGCCAUGACCUGCCUUUCUCACCUCCGAAAAAAUCAGAUCUUUCUCUCUGUUCUCCCGGCGACCCAGUCACCUGUUUAUGGACCUUCUUUUUUUUUUUUUUUUCAUUUGUGUUUGGAAUAAAUGAACCACUGCCGCCGUAUGGUAAACGUUACUUUUUAUUUUUUAAUUUGCGUUUUACUGAGUUUGCGGCCGCGAGAUGAUACGGCCCCCCUGUAUUCACAUACACUUGUAUCACUGACCUCCCUCCUGUACAGGACACGGUCGGCAUGAUGUGAAGUUUAAAAAAAAAAAAAAAAAAAAGUGAGAACUUUUUUUUGUUUUUGUUCGUCAAAAUUUCUCAUUAACCCACAGUGACGACUCUCUGCCUGUUGGUCCUGCGCCAUUUCCUAGGGGGGCAGAGCUUUUCAAAACAUGAUUAAUUCCCACCGUGCGCGCUUAUAGAGUCGAGCUUUUGAGCAAAAAAAAUCUGAAAAAUUGACUUUUUUGUACAAUGAAUAUUCCUCACUGUAAAUCAAACGUCUCCCGUUCAGUCUGUACAUAAGGACAGCCCAGGACUGAGUGCCAUAAAACUCCCGAUGUCGGGCGCGUGUGAAGUAAAUAUUGUGGACUUGAUUUUAUAUCAUAAUUUUUUUUUUUUUUAAAUUUUACUUUGCGCAGCAGAUUGUGGGAUCUCAUUUUUGUAUUCAAAGUAAAAACCAGUUUGAUUUUUUUUCAAAUUUUUCAGAGAGCGGACUGCACUGCUUUAUCCACCAGUAUAAUGUACAGUAUAUUUGUCUAUAAACAGCUGUUAUUGGCCAAUGCCGUGAUGGCUCCACUGUAAAGUGAAUAAAUAUAUAGUUCUCCUCUAA